GGGCUCAGUGCGGGGACUCUGUUUUCUGGUUUAAGUACCACAAUGGACACAGGCAACAAAACUCUGCCCCAGGACUUUCUCUUACUGGGCUUUCCUGGUUCUCAAAGUCUUCAGCUCUCUCUCUUCAUGCUUUUUCUGGUGAUGUACAUCCUCACAGUUAGUGGUAAUGUGGCUAUCUUGAUGUUGGUGAGCACCUCCCAUCAGUUGCACACCCCCAUGUACUUCUUUCUGAGCAACCUCUCCUUCCUGGAGAUUUGGUAUACCACAGCAGCAGUCCCCAAAGCACUGGCCAUCCUACUGGGAAGAAGUCAGACCAUAUCAUUUACAAGCUGUCUUUUGCAGAUGUACCUUGUUUUCUCAUUAGGCUGCACAGAGUACUUCCUCCUGGCAGCCAUGGCUUAUGACCGCUAUCUUGCCAUCUGCUAUCCUUUACACUACGGAGCCAUCAUGAGUAGCCUGCUCUCAGCGCAGCUGGCCCUGGGCUCCUGGGUCUGUGGUUUCAUGGCCAUUGCAGUGCCCACAGCCCUCAUCAGUGGCCUGUCCUUCUGUGGCCCCCGUGCCAUCAACCACUUCUUCUGUGACAUUGCACCCUGGAUUGCCCUGGCUUGCACCAGCACACAGGCAGUAGAGCUUGUGGCCUUUGUGAUUGCUUUUGUGGUUAUCCUGAGUUCAUGCCUCAUCACCCUUGUCUCCUACAUGUACAUCAUCAGCACCAUCCUCAGGAUCCCCUCUGCCAGUGGCCGGAGCAAAGCCUUCUCCACGUGCUCCUCGCAUCUCGCCGUGGUGCUCAUUUGGUAUGGGUCCACAAUUUUCCUUCACGUCCGCACCUCUAUCAAAGAUGCCUUGGAUUUGACCAAAGUUGUCCACGUCCUGAACACUGUGGUGACUCCAGUUUUAAACCCCUUCAUCUAUACGCUUCGUAAUAAGGAAGUAAGAGAAACUCUGCUGAAGAAAUGGAAGGGAAAAUAAAUCUCCUCUACC